AUGGCUGCAGACAAAGGCGGUCUACAUACUGCACCGAGAUGCGAGUCGGCCAUUUCCAGUCGCCGGCUGAACACCUCUCCCGCGGAACGACCCAGGACUUUCUUCUGUACAUUUGCGAGCGGUGCAAGAUCACAAUCUUGGGGUAGCGGUCACGAGUACAUCCGCCAGUCUCAGCAGCUUCACACCACCGUGAAUGGCCAGUACGUGGACCGCAACGACACCAAGGAGGUGUAUUAUAAGCGUGCUCGUGCUCGCUCCCCGCUUCGGACACCGCGCGCCAUUGAUGGAAAGCCGGUGCUCAACGUCGAUAACCUUGGAGUCAUCCUGACGUUCAACAUCGGGUACGACACGACCAUCUUCCCCGGUGAACGGCAUCGCAUCAACUUGGCUGGCUGCUACCAGCUUUCAUGCUACGCAGGUGCGCGACCGGCCGGAGCUGGUGGAUGGAGAGCGGCAAAAGCCCCCAAGGAUGGUUCUAUCCACCAACUCUCUGGCCAAAGUGUCGUCCGGUCGUCCUGCUCUGACGGCGGCGAGGACCAGGAUACCCCGGCGGAUGAAGAGUCGAAAGGACUCCUCAGCCUUCUCUCCGAAGAAGACCAUGGGAAGGGGACGCCCGGAGGCCCUCUGCUACGAGGAUAUCCAGAUGAUGAUUGUUCGACACCCGACCGCCGGGAGAUGCAUGCCAGCCAGAGGCGAUGUGGUCUUGCUGCAUAG